CAGCACCGCCGCGGGGUGGAUCAAAGCUCUCAGCUAGCCUACGACCUUCAGAAGGUCUCAGUUUCCACUACGGGCCUAGCUCUCAGGUGCUCUGGCAGUCGCGCCUCCCCGCCCUGGCCCUCCCCUUGGGAUCUAGCCCCAGUCCAGCAUCCUCCUCCCUCUUGGUCUCAGCCGCAGCUAAAAGCUGGAAGCUCCAGGCUGAAUCCGCUUUCUGCCAGGGUAGGCGAGUCCAGCCCGCGCUAUGCGCUCCUUCGGCUGCGUUUGUAGAUAAAGUUUCCAGGGGAGUUUCUGUGUUUCCCUCAGGACGAAUCCCAGGCCGGAUCAGAUACUGUCAUGGAAGCCUCGGGAGAGCAGCUACAAAGAUCCGAGGCGUCCAGCUCUACGUCUUCCGAAGACCCGCCAUCCGCUGAAGAGCUGUCGGUCCCCGAGGUCCUUUGCGUGGAGAGCGGCACCUCUGAGGUCCGGAUCCCUGACGAUCAGCUCCAGGACAGGCCCCUGACGGCUCAGAAAGAGGCAGCUCUCCCGGAACAGGAGGAGCUACAGGAAUAUCGCCGCUCGCGUGUGCGCUCCUUCUCUUUGCCUGCAGACCCUAUCCUGCAGGCGGCCAAGCUCCUGCAACAGAGGCAGCAGGCGGGGCAGCCCAGUUCAGAGGGUGGCGAGGCGGCUGGGGACUGCUGCUCCAAGUGUAAGAAGCGCGUGCAGUUCGCCGACUCCCUGGGACUGAGCCUGGCCAGCGUGAAGCACUUCAGCGAGGCCGAGGAGCCUCAGGUGCCGCCCGCCGUGCUCUCCCGUCUCCACAGCUUUCCGCUGCGCGCCGAGGACCUGCAGCAGCUCGGGGAGCUGCUGGCAGUGGCAAAGGUGCCCGCGCCCCUCUUGACGCCGCGCGCCCAGCUCCGACCCCUCUUCCAGCUCCCGGGGCUGAUCGCUGCGGAGGAGCGUCUGCGGCGACAGCGAGUGUGCCUAGAGCGUGUGCAAUGCUCCCAGCCGCCCCGCGCCGAGGUGACCGGCUCGGGCCGGGUGAUCAGCUGUCCCGGACCCAGGGCAGUAGCGGUGCGCUACACUUUCACCGAGUGGCGCACAUUUCUGGACAUGCCGGCCGAACUUCACCCGGAGUCCCUGGAGCCUCUGUCUCCCGUGAGGUCGGGGAACUCUGGAGCAGGGACUGAGGAUAGUGAGGGGGAACCCGGCACCGAGCGUUUCUGCUUCUCGCUGUGCCUGCCCCCGGGUCUGCAGCCCAAAGAAGGAGAGGAUGCUGACACGUGGGGCGUCGCUAUUCAUUUUGCCGUCUGCUACCGCUGUGAACAAGGUGAAUACUGGGACAACAACGAGGGGGCCAACUACACCUUGCGCUAUGUGUGCUCCACAGACCCGCUCUGAAUCCGGGAAUUUCCAGACUUGGAGAGAGGCUGACCAGCACGCCAAGUUCCAGCAAGGGGAUCCUUAGCUGAGCGACGCCGAUUUGGCAUCAACAGAGCUUGGAACGAUAGGAGAGACAUGUUAAAUCACACACUCUCAGCGCAGAUCCACACAUCAGAAAGCACAGCAGCUCUGGCAGUGUUCUGACCCUCAGUCAUCGCUUCCGCUCAUGUCCUAGUAUUCUCAGCCGGCAUCGACAGACAGAGGCUCUCUCCAAGAAAAGGCAUCUGGAAGCCCAAGCCAGAUCCUAUGAUCUUGAGGAUUUGUUUCUAACUUGAGACGUGGUCCUUACAGCUUGGUGAAAACCUGCCCGGAAAGGACAAGGCACCCCACCUCCACGUGGGAGAGGAUGGCUUUCGCACAUGGAACCUUCACAGCCAGGCCUGAUUCUCAGAAGGCUAGGCGGGUGCAGCGUGCUCGUCCUUUUUAACUGGGCAGGAAACGCCUGCCCAGACUCGAUGCUGCUGUCUUCCGUGAUUGGAUACAAAUGUCUUUUAAGGAAGUAAAGGCCGUGUGAACAUGUGUC